AUGAACACGUCUCCAGACCGCAUCAACUCGGGUCGCCAGACCCCCCACCCAAGCCGUGCUGCGUCCACGACGCCAGGCGCAGCACCGGCCCAUGCGCUGUCACCAUCGCGCGGUGCUGCCGAGGCCGCUUCACGGUCUUCGCAACAACACCAGCAGCACCAGCGUCUUCGCCUACCACAGCAGCGUGGGCGGCGUCCAACGAGCCGUUCGCUGUCCGAUGAGGGCGUCACCUCAAGGGACCGAACGCCACCGCGUGACCCCUCCACCUCACCUCGAAUUGUGUCAGGUCGUGGCCAUCCGCACGAUUUGAGGGACGAAGCCAAUGCCCUGCUUGCAGAUGUGGCGGGCGCCAUGUAUCACUUCAACGGGGAGGAGGCCCACUGCACGGGCCUUGCAGCUGGCAUUGAAGGCGUUUACACCGGAGACGAGCUGGUGUAUGCCCUGGAGCACCACGUCGAUCGCCAUGGCCGCGCUCUCCUCUCGUUUGAUAGCGACUUGGAGCCGCUUCGCCGCAUCCUCGCUCGCCGCGGCUUUUCCAGGGACCACAUCAUCAUGCUCGCCAUCAUGCAGCGCCAACAGACGCUGCAUGACGAUCUUGUGCGACACGAGAAGCGGGCAAUGCGACGUGCGCACAUCAUCGGGAUGCUUGUGUGGGCGGUGCUCAUGGGACACACGUACAUGGCAGAGGGCCGGCGGGCCAUUCUGCCGGUGUUCCUGUCGUACUACAUUGGCCUGGCGCUGGCAGCCGUAUCCCCAUAUGUCGGAUACAGCGGGAUCGUCCGAUACUAUCGUCAAGUCGUGAAGUCCUCUUUCUUCGUCGUUGCGUGA